CGAGUGACAGUAACAUUAGGUUGUUGUGGGAGAAGGAGAAGAAAGAAGAAGAAUCAGAAGCAAAAAACCAUCAACCAUGGCAGGGAGAUUGACGAACGCAGCAUCAAGGAUCUUGGGCGGAAACGGUGUCGUUUACCGAUCUGUUGCUUCCUCUCUUCGCCUCCGAUCCGGCAUGGGCCUCCCAGUCGGCAAGCACUAUGUUCCUGACAAACCUCUUCCCAUGAAUGAGGAACUUCUGUGGGACAACGGGACAGCAUUUCCCGAACCGUGCAUAGAUCGUAUUGCUGACACUGUUGGAAAGUAUGAAGCAUUGGCCUGGCUGUGUGGGGGAUUGAGCUUUUUUGCGUCUCUGGGAUUGUUGGCUGUGUGGAAUGACAAAGCUUCCAAGAUACCCUUUACACCCAAAGUAUAUCCAUAUGACAAUCUGCGAGUGGAGCUUGGUGGUGAACCAUAGGUAAAUGAUCGGAUGGGAAGUUAUUAUUUGAUGUAAUUGUUCUUUUACGUUUAUCUGUGUAGUUCAAAAUAAGGGAUCGUGGAGAAGACUUACUAAAUCCAACUAAUGGAAGGGCCGAAUCUAGUUCUUGUGAUCGUUAAUGCUUAAUUGCGAGGAGUGGGCCAGUAUUAUGCGAGCUUGUGUUUCGAUGUGUACUCAUGAAAUUGAUUUUUGAAGCAUGAUUUUAUCAAAUAAUUUUAAGUGAACGUGAUUUUCGUUUGGUA